AUGGCUGAUGACUGGAUAACAGACACUGAAAAACAUCAGUCUAGUAAAGAGUCCAGCGGACUGUUUGACUGUGUCAAAAAAGUUGGUCAAAGCAACAUUAAAUCCUACUUACAAUCUCACAAUGACCAACAUUACCCUCACUCCACCAGUAAACUUACCCCUCCGCCGCUCCUCAAAGCCUUCCCAGUAAAUCAGUACACCCAAACUAUCCCUCCACCACUACUCAAAGCCUUCCCAGUAAAUCAGUACACCCAAACUAUCCUUCCACCACUCCUCAAAGCCUUCCCAGUAAAUCAGUACACCCAAAAUAUCCCUCCACCACUCCUCAAAGCCUUCCCAGUAAAUCAGUACACCCAAACUAUCCCUCCACCACUCCUCAAAGCCUUCCCAGUAAAUCAGUACACCCAAACUAUCCCUCCACCGCUCCUCAAAGCCUUCCCAGUAAAUCAGUACACCCAAACUAUCCCUCCACCACUCCUCAAAGCCUUCCCAGUAAAUCAGUACACCCAAACUAUCCCUCCACCGCUCCUCAAAGCCUUCCCAGUAAAUCAGUGCACCCAAACUAUCCCUCCACCACUCCUCAAAGCCUUCCCAGUAAAUCAGUACACCCAAACUAUCCUUCCACCACUCCUCAAAGCCUUCCCAGUAAAUCAGUGCACCCAAACUAUCCUUCCACCGCUCCUCAAAGCCUUCCCAGUAAAUCAGUACACCCAAACUAUCCCUCCACCACUCCUCAAAGCCUUCCCAGUAAAUCAGUACACCCAAACUAUCCUCCACCGGCUCCUCAAAGCCUUCCCAGUAAAUCAGUACACCCAAACUAUCCCUCCACCACUCCUCAAAGCCUUCCCAGUAAAUCAGUACACCCAAACUAUCCUUCCACCACUCCUCAAAGCCUUCCCAGUAAAUCAGUACACCCAAACUAUCCUUCCACCGCUCCUCAAAGCCUUCCCAGUAAAUCAGUACACCCAAACUAUCCCUCCACCACUCCUCAAAGCCUUCCCAUGCACCCAAACUAUCCCUCCACCACUCCUCAAAGCCUUCCCAGUAAAUCAGUACACCCAAACUAUCCCUCCACCACUCCUCAAAGCCUUCCCAGUAAAUCAGUGCACCCAAACUAUCCUUCCACCGCUCCUCAAAGCCUUCCCAGUAAAUCAGUGCACCCAAACUAUCCCUCCACCGCUCCUCAAAGCCUUCCCAGUAAAUCAGUGCACCCAAACUAUCCCUCCACCACUCCUCAAAGCCUUCCCAAUAAAUCAGUGCACCCAAACUAUCCCUCCACCGCUCCUCAAAGCCUUCCUAGUAGAUCAGUGCACCAUAUACAUGUUAGAAGAAGCUGCACAUUCGCUUGAGCUGCAUGGAGUGUAA